ACCAACCCCCUUCCGCCCCCGAAAACGUAGUUCCGUGCCUUAGUCUCAGUACUCCGAAAUCCCAUCAUCCAUCACCACCACCCUUUAUUUCUCCUCUCUCCAAUCCCAAUUCAACCCCACACCCACCUCCGAGCACACUCAUCAUGCGGUCGCUCUCGCCUGUGCUCGCCUCCCUGGCGAAUGUUUUCAAAAUCCCGCUGUCCCAGACGACGUUCCGGCCGUCGGUCUCGCGUGUCAUUUCGGCUCUGCCUUCCACCACAGGUUCUUCUUCUACCCAGCAAGCACCAGCAACAAGACCGUUCUCGAGCACGUCUUCUCUCCUGAAACGAAAGGGCAAUGCUCCCAGGAUAGAUAAGAGAAUCACUCUUAUUCGUUACUUCCUCCACCACCCUUUAACACCCCGUCCCCUACGCUUCUCUCGCACCCGUUUCCUCCGCCACUGGACAAUCCACCGUGCUUGGCAACUAUACCAAUCGCAGUCGCGAAAGGCGCAGCAACUCGAGCUCCAGCGCCAGUGGCAGGCGAUGUCGGCGGCUUGUGAGGAGCUGCGCACGGGCGCGGGCGACGGCGGCAGGUUGUUCCGCAAGAGCAUGAUUAAGACCAAGGUGUUUCAGGAUAUGUUUCCGAUUGAGUAUGGGCGGUUGCAGACGGAGGCGCCGUCAAGGGAGGGCUGGAAUCAUGAGUGGAAGAGGAUGGAGAAGAAGUGA